AAAUACAAGACUCCCACUGUCGUUCCUCACCAACCAGUACUUUCGUUCACCGCCCAAUACUUAAUUACCAACCCACCAAACCACACCCUCCAAACACCUUCAACAUGCAGUUCUCCAUCAUCCUCGCUGCCUUCGCCGCCGCCGCCUCGGCUCAGUACACCUACUCCAACGGCACCACCUCCGCUGUUGCUCCCUCCGGCACUGCCGCUCCCACCGGAACUGGCUCUGCCGCUCCCUCCUCCACCGCUCCCUUCGAAGGUGCAGCUGUCGCCAACGGCCCUGCCAUGGCUCUCCUCUUCGGUGCCGGUGCCGCUGCUCUGAUGAUCUAAACAGUUUCAUCACUGCUACCACCAACACGCGACACACGACAACCACCUCGACCUCGGCUUUCGACUUCUAAUUAGCGACCAUGUCCGGCAUGUUGAUAAAUCGACCUUGUUUGGUAUGGGAUCUUGAGCAUUUUCUGGCGUAAUAGUCCGUUUCGGACGCUCUGGAUGCAUCGUGACCGUAGCCGGUUCGCGGCUCCGUGAGCAGGAAUUACAGGAUUUGUAGAUAGAGGCCCUACGUGGCUCGGUUUAUCGGUUUACCUAAUAAUACCCAUCCACUGUUUUCGAAACUGUCUCUUGUUGC